ACACAACACACCCCCAUCGCUAACUGACUUGCUUCCCACUUCCUCCCGUCCAUCACAUAACGUUAGGUCGGAGAGCACACAUACCUACAUUAGCGAAAUUCAAACCCUGAAGCAGGUCGCUACAAAAUAAAUACGCAACUGCGCUCAAUUUUCAUCCCUGAAGUUCUGCAUCAGCAUCACAAGAGAAACAUACGAAACUUCUCUUCUUUUUUUCUAUCACUUUACCAUGCCUCCCAAACGCGCAACCCGCGGAGCCGCCGCCUCCACCACCGACGGUCGCAAAGCGACAACCGCAUCCUCCAAAGCUACCGCCCCUACGAAACCCCAGAAGAAGACAGAGUCCAAAGCACCUACUAAGGCUGCUGCUGCUACUACUACCACCGCGCCUGCCAGCCGGAAACGAAAGGCUGCUGAGUCUGACGAUGAGUCUGCCGCUCCAGUUGCGCGCGUCCAGAAGAAACAGAAGGAAGAAGCGCCUGCUCCGAUCAUCAACCACCCUCCCACAAAACGACUAGACGUCUACGUCUUCGGAACGAAUUGCUACGGUGAGCUCGGUCUUGGAGACGCGACCAAGAAAUCGGAAAUCCCGGGCCCCGUCCUCAACCCCAAGCUCGCCGCGGACACCGUCGGUGUUGUCUACUUGGCUGUGGGAGGUGUCCACUCGGCCGCUCUUACACAUGACAACAAGAUUCUCACCUGGGGUGUUAACGAUGAGGGAACCCUUGGACGUGAUACCAAGGAAGAGAAGAAGGAGGUCGAAGAGACCAACGGUGUUAACGGGGAGGACAAGUCUGAUUCCGACUCGGACGAUGACGAGGUCGACUUGAACAUGAAGGAGGCCACUCCCAUGGCGGUCGACUCCGCUCAUUUCCCCAAGGGCACUGUCUUCACGCAACUGGCAGCCACUGACAGCGCAACGUUUGCUCUCACCCAGGAAGGCAAGGUUUAUGGCUGGGGUACUUUCAGAGGAAGCAACGGUGUUAUUGGAUUUUCUCCUGACACCAAGUUCCAGCGCACGCCGAUCUUGAUUCCCGGACUCGAGAAAGUGACCGAACUUGCUGCUGGUGCACAACAUCUCAUGGCGCUCACUUCCAGCGGCCAAGUCUUCACCUGGGGAUGCGAGGAACAGAACCAGCUGGGACGGAGAAUCUCUGGCCGCUUGCACGGCAAGUUGGAGAGUCUCGUUCCCGGUAAGUGUGCCUUGCCCGCAGGAAUUGUCAGCAUCGGCACCGGCUCGUACCACUCCUUCGCCGUCCGCAAGAACGGCCAUGUGCACGCGUGGGGUUCCAACAACUUUGGCCAGACUGCUGUUCCCAUGAGUGCGGGCCAGAGUGACGCUGUGGUGCUCUACCCCACUGAGGUUAAGUCCUUCCGCGAGUUCAACAAGAUCGUCAGCAUCUGUGGUGGAAAGGACCACAGCAUCGCCGUCACGGAAGAUGGCAAGUGCCUGACCUGGGGUCGCGUCGACAACAAGGCCCUUGGUCUGGCGCUGGCCGAUAUGCCUGCGGAUGAUCUGGUGCACGAUGAGCAUGACCGGCCUCGUAUCCUGACCAAGGCCACGCCGUUGGUCGACAUCAAGGAUGAGCACAUUGUCUUCGCCACUGCCUCCAGCGAUCAUUCUUUCGCUAUCACCAAGGAUGGUCAAGCGUACAGCUGGGGCUUCAACGUUCAACGCCAGGCCGGACACCGUGAGCUUGACGAAGUCGAGCGACCAACUCUUCUCCAGAACAAGCAUGUCACCGGCAAGAAGCUGGUCGGUGCCUCGGCCGGCGGACAAUUCAGUAUGCUCGUUGGGGAAGCUUCGCCGCAGCAGGUGAACGGCGAGAAGGCAUGAAAGUAGUAGCUAUGUAAAUCUGGCGGGUGUUCAUGUUAUUGUUUUUUUUUUUUUCUAGAUGGACUUGGCUUGAAGAGCUUGUAUUACUAACAAUGUGAUAUCGCGAUAAUGGGAAUUUUCUUCUUUUCAAGUUGAAUACAAUCUGAUCUUGCUGAGCAUCGUUGCUUCUCUAUGUUUUGUUUCUUCGUCCGUCCUGAAGCAUACAUAUCUUCUGUACCUCGAGAGUGUACGUUCUUGUUAUGCUGCUCUAGUACC